AUGGUUUUGCCAGCUUUCGUAUUUCUUCCACUUUAUAUGUACCCAUACAAUUCGACUUCAUGGAGUACACUUACCACCUCGAUUGUCGCCAAUCCAGCACUCAAGUUUCAUGUGAUUGUUGCACCCAAUUUAGCGUUUACGGACCCAGAUGUCAACUAUGUUGCAGGCCUCACAAACCUAAGUAGUUAUGCAAACGUCCUGACUCUUGGCUAUGUCUAUACCUCUUACGGAAAUCGAGAUGUUUUGGAAGUCGAAGCAGAAAUCGAUAAAUAUGUUGGGUGGAACUCACCAAGCGAGCUUCCAAUAGGCGGGAUUUUCUUCGAUGAGUCGCCAUCGAACAACUCAACAUUUGCGUAUAUGAGUACACUUACCACAUACGCGAAAACAUCAUUAGGAGCUGGCAAAGAUUACAUAUAUCUUAAUCCCGGUGUUGCGGUCGAUGCAUCCUUCUAUACUCUAGCUGAUAGCAUCAACAUAUUCGAAGAGUCUUAUGCAAACUUCAAUGAAACUUCAUUGACUAGUUUGGAUAAAUCCUUAAUAGCUAAGUCGACUUAUACAAUUCAUGAUUUCACUGGAACUACAACAGAACAAACUGCUCUCGUGAGUCAGCUUGCGUCUGCAAACCUAGCAGGGAUGCUUAUAACUACACAACCGGGGUACACGGAGUGGUCAAGCUUAUGGUCUUCGUUCUGCUCCGAAGUAAAUACGUUGAAUCUUGGCAAUGGGACCGGAGGUGGUGGUGGUGGUGGCGGAGGAGGUGGUGGUGGAGGAAAUAAUGGAGGCCAUGGUGGGGGAGGGGGAGGUGUAAACAACGGGGGACACGGGGGACACGGAGGUGGAGGAAACAACGGUGGACAUGGAGAAGGUGGGGGCUAUGGUGGCGAUGACGAGUGCGAUGAUGAUGAUGAUGAUGAUGAUGAUGAUGAUGACGGCGAUGAUGAUGAAGACGAUGAUGAUGACGACGACAAUGAAGAUGAAGACGACGAUGAAGAUUGGAGAAUUGUGUAA